AUGAACAUUGAGAGACCAGCUUAUACCAACCUCAAUCGCCUUAUUGGCCAGAUCGUCUCCUCCAUCACCGCCUCCCUCAGAUUCGUGGGCGCUGAAUGUCGACCUCCUGAAGUUCAGACUAACCUGGUCCCUUACCCCCGCAUCCACUUCCCUCUGAUGCCUACGCGCCAGUCAUCUCCGCCGAGAAGGCCUACCACCACGAGCAGAUCCGUCGCCGAGAUCCGCAAUUCCUGUUUCGAGCCAGCCAAUCCAGGAUCUUGUUCAAGUGGAGAGGGUCAACCAAGGCAGAUGAUGGGUACAGCAACUAUGGUGAAACAGCGGCCGACAGUGACAUCUUGUAUGACGUUCAAUGGGGUCAUGCAGUUGCUGGAGGAUCCCCGGGGGCGCUCUGGGGCUGUCAAUCUGGGACUUCAUGGUGUCACUUAA